AUGCCAAUCAAGGCAAAGCCUAUUGACCCCGGUCGAGCUCGGCUUGCUGCUCUUGGCCAGUGGAAUCGACAGCGUCGGACGACAUCUACUGGCCCCAAUUCUGCCAAAAGGAGAGGGAGCGGUAGUUGGGCCAACAGUACCGGCAGCAGCACGAGCACAAGUUCUUCUGAGGGCAGUCGCACAGGUAGGAGAGGCCGGCGACGGUUGUGCAAUCAGAAUGGAAAAAGGGAAGGCAACAGCAAUGGUGGGACACCGGCGUUUUUAACAUCUUCACGGACAGUGGACAGCGACAGCGGCACGUCAAAUAGCGAUCCGGAGUUGUACCGCGCGGCCCGGGAGCGAACCGAGCGAUUUUUGUACCCAAAUGGCCGUUCCGGCAUUAAUGUCUCUAGUAGUAAUCACGGUGCUGUUAUGGAAGCCCGUGGGGAGGCGGCAAGUAAUGCAGAGAACAUAUCACUUGAUGCCUCACUGCCGAUGGCACCGGUGGCACCGGUUUUCUCUGGCUUACAGAGUCAAAAUCAAAAGAAGGAGUCUGAUAAUAAAGGGAGUGAUGCAAAUUUAGAGAGCAGCCGUAAAUUUUCCCCACCGUCUCCAGCCGUAGUACCUCUCGUUGUACAAGAGGCUCUUCGAGGGCUACAGGGGACAAAGGACAGUGCGUCAGAGCGUGAAUUUGCCCGUCUCAUGGAUCUUUUUGCCGCUGAUGUUCAGAAAGAACGUGAAAAGGAAAAGGAGUUGCAGCAGGAGAAAGAGUUGGAGGUUGACACAAUGGACACGAUAUCUUCAAUGAUGGCUAAGAAUCAAAAUCAGAAACCUGCUCAAGGGCAAUGGGACGAGACUUACAAGUUGUAUACUUCUCCUCCACACACAUUCGACGAGCUACAGGAACGCGCGCUUCUGCAGCUGUAUGCCGCAAACGAGGAGAACAAAGAUAGUGGGUAUUUUAUUGCCACGGAUCAUAUGGCGGAGGCGUUCACAUUGGCGACACUGGAGGCGACACGCAAUGAAUUCCCAGGAGAAUCUGAUGCUGCUUCGGGGGCGUCAGGAGCAUUGAACGAUAAUAAUGAGAAAUUUCGACCCAUUGGGGCGCCACCUUCUCUCAUGGAGAUCGUUGCCAUCGAGCGUGCCCGUCGCAAUGCUCGGGCAGCUUUUCAGAAGCGCCGGGAGGGAGAAGAGGGAGUGACUAUUGAUCGUAAUACAGAGGCAUUGCUCUCCAUGGAUACGGAAGUCCUUGCAGCUACCGCGGAGGAGAAUUUGAACCGUUUCUUAUUAGCGGUUCGUUGCAUUGAAAAUGCGGUGCGUAAUCGUCGUGUGACCGAUGCAUUGGGUCGUUUUUUGUUUGCCCAUCAUAAGCCAUUUCUUCGCACCACUCGUGGUGCUGGUUCAUCGGCUGAUGCUAUUCGAGAGUUCCCUCACGAGGCGUUUGCGGUGUAUGAGCGGUACGGUCACUAUGUGGGCAAAUUUAUCACCGAGUUGUUGAAUCGAAAUGUGCCAAAGUUCAAUAUGGAGGAGUUUGUCUUGUCGCUGUUUGAUGUGAAUAUGAAUGGGGAAGAAAACAACAAUGCUAGCGAUGCUGAAGACGUAUCAAUGGAUGUUUUAUCGUACCCCGCGUGGCGUCUCUUACAGUCCAUCUCUUCUUUUAACGAGUUCUGUACCUUCAUGGAUGACUUUAUUGCCGAGGAGUACGGCGUGGAGAAGGUUGUUGCGCAUGAAAACGAAAGUACCAAUGGCGAUGCUGGUGUCAAGGCGUCUCGUUACGAUGGGGACGGAGUGGUUGUGGUAGCGGGCGCUAGAGGCGUCCGUGCACUACUGACAAAAUCGAAGGCCAAGUUGCCCAGCGCAAGGGCAUCAUCUACGUGUGAUGCUUCACAACAGAUGCGCGUCCCCAACGAGGGUGCACACGAAAGCAACGAUGACUUUCUUUUUCUCCCUUCAGAAGGCGGUGCCACUGAAACUCCGUUAUCAUCACCACCACGUGAAUCACAGGCGCAUGGAGAUUGCUCUGCAGCGGAAUUCAGCACACGUACGGAUUCCGCUCCUACGGUACUUUCGAAUUCGCACCCUGCCCUAUCUGGAAGUUCCCGCCCGCCCUUUGGGAACAGUUUAACUCCCCCACCAGCGGCGUCCUUGCAGGGUCCAAGGCCCAGCAAAAACAGCCUCAGCACCGCCAACUCUAUUCCGCAACUUCCACAUGGGAGUCGUCGAAUUGAGGCAGUGCGAGGGCGAAAUUUGCCACCUUUAUCUGCUGCCGGGGGCAAAGAGGCUGAAACAAUGUUCUUUACUGCCCCAUUGAAGUUGAGUUUAGGCUCUGAGGCCAAUGUCGUUCCCCCGGGUGGCUUCAAGGCCGAGCCUGUGACAACGGAACGUACCGUGCGGGGCACUGACUCCAGUGGGAAGAUCGACAAGGUCUCUGGAAGGCAGGCGCCUUCUUCGUCGAUUGGCAUUAGUUAUGGACACAAGAAGAAAAGCAAGGAUUCUAGAAGCCGUAGCGGUGCACGGACUGGUGCUGAGACGACAACGACGACAACGAAACCACGAGGGAAGAAGUUGAAGUCCCCUCAAGAUGCUUGA